GCGAAUGAGACAAAUCCCAUGUUAUCAAGACUCUGUCCGGGGAAGAGCGGGUGCUAAGUGCUGAUAUCCUCCCAAAAUAGAAGUGGAACCGGAGAGGGUGUCUACCAUCGCACUGGCAUUGCGACACUGACCGUCCUGUUGCUGCCUCAGAUGGGCGCACUCCACUCUCCGACUAACUCAGAAAACCCAUCAGAGGGUCUUGACCUGUUGGCAUUCGAGCGUUCACCCUCAGAGGAAAAACCUUAAAUUCUCAUACCUGUUGAGAGCCGUGUUCUUCUAUCGACAGCUCCUUAAUCUGGCAGAAUGAGACAGAAGCUGGCUGCCCUGUUGCGGUCACUAUGCCCCAGCAAGCGGGCCGAGUCCGUUGAAGACCUCAAGGUGCCGAAGGGCGACGACAACAAAAUGCAAAUGAGGCGCGAGAUCUCCCUCACGAACGGCAUCUGUCUGAUAGUGGGCAACAUGAUUGGCUCUGGAAUCUUCGUCUCCCCCAAAGGUGUGCUCAUGCACGCCGGCUCCUACGGCCUGUCGCUGGUCGUCUGGGCCCUUGGUGGCAUCUUUUCCGUUUUCGGGGCACUGUGCUACGCAGAGCUGGGAACCACCAUCACCAAAUCGGGCGCCAGCUACGCCUACAUCCUGGAGUCGUUCGGCAGCUUCCCGGCCUUCAUCCGUCUGUGGACGUCCAUCCUGCUGAUCGAGCCGGCCAGCCAGGCGGUCAUCUCGCUGACCUUCGCCAACUACCUGGUGGAGGCGUGGUACCCCACCUGCCAACCGCCCUACGACGCCAUCCGCCUCCUGGCUGCCGCCUGCAUCUGCGUGCUGGUCUUCGUAAACUGUGCGUACGUGAAGUGGGGCACCCUAGUCCAGGAUCUGUUCACCUAUGCCAAGCUCCUGUCCCUCAUCCUAAUCAUCAUCAUAGGUGUCAUAAAGUUGGCCCAUGGAGAAACACAGAACUUCCAGAAUCCAUUUGAGGGUUCCUCGAUGGAACCCGGGCCUAUAGCUCUGGCCCUUUAUUCAGCCCUGUUCUCCUACUCUGGCUGGGACACACUUAACUUUGUCACGGAAGAGAUCCAGAACCCUGAGAGGAACCUGCCUUUGGCCAUCGCCUUUUCCAUGCCAAUAGUGACCAUCAUCUACCUGCUGACCAAUGUGGCCUACUACACAGCCCUGGACAUGCCCUCCCUCCUGGCCAGUGACGCUGUUGCCGUGACGUUUGGGAAUGCAGUCCUGGGACCGUUCAAGUGGAUUAUUCCCAUCUCCGUGGCGAUGUCCUGCUACGGGGGACUCAACGCCUCCAUUAUUGCUGCCUCCAGGUUGUUUUUCGUGGGGGCAAGAGAGGGACACCUUCCACGCAGUCUCAGUAUGAUCCAUGCCGAGCGCUACACGCCCGUGCCGGCUCUCAUAUUCAACGGGUUGAUGGGUCUCAUCUUCCUGUGUGUUGAGGACGUCUUUCAGCUCAUCAACUAUUUCAGCUUCAGCUACUGGCUGUAUGUAGGCCUGUCAGUGGCUGGACUAAUCUACCUGCGCUACACUCAGCCGGACAGAAACAGACCUGUCAAGCUCAGCCUGAUCUUUCCCUUCAUCUACUGCCUGUGCAGUCUGUUCCUGGUUAUCGUCCCCCUGUACACCGACACCAUCAAUUCGUUCAUAGGGAUUGGCAUUGCCCUGUCCGGAGUGCCUGUCUACUACAUGGCUAUCUACCUGCCUGACCACAGGAGGCCCCGGUUUAUAGGCAAAAUAAACGCCAUGGUCACCAAAUAUACCCAAAUGGUGUUGUACUGUUGUCUGACGGAACUCGACCUGGAGCCAGAGAAGCUGCCGGACAGCAAAACUCAACACAGGCCUGGGCCAGUCAGCCAAUAGGACAUGGCCGAGUAGCCCGACUCUCACUUGGUGCCAAGCCUCGGACUUUAGGACUUUUGGCGGGGUUUAUGGAUUGACGCGUUACAUGGUGUGAUAACGCUGCAUGUUGUUCUGUUCGAAUGGCGAUGUGUAUCGUUUGCUUUAGGCUUCUCAUAUUGGUUUUCAUCCGAUCUAACAAACAGAUCCUUCCUAAAAUAGAGAAAAUAAAG